GUUGUUUUCGCUGGCCGCCCUUAUCAGCCCCGAGUAUAAGCGGCUGGAGGGAGCGGUCACAAGCUCAGUUGUGUGGCGACAGGCGAAGCUUAAACAUGUGGCUCUUGCGCGGCACGUUCGUUUGUGGCCUUGUGGCCUUGGCAAGUUCAUUUGGGGACGAGGCCAUCUUCGAGGACGAGGACAUCUACAACCAGGCGCUGCCCCCAGUGCCGCACACGGGCAUCACGGUGCCCGGGACCAAGUGGUGCGGACCGGGCAACACGGCGGCCAACUACGAGGAUCUGGGCUGGGAGCGCGAGACGGACAAGUGCUGUCGGGCACACGACCAUUGCGACGAGAUCAUAGAGUCGCAUAGUGCCCUCCACGGACUGCCCACCAACAUGGACUGGUUUCCCAUCCUCAAGUGCAGCUGCGAACAGGAGUUCAUCAACUGCCUGCAGGCGGUGAACAGCUUGACCUCCAACACGCUGGGAAGGAUCUACUACGGCGGCAGGAGCAGGUGCUUCGCCAACGGCCACCCCACCGCCCAGUGCAAGCAGUACCAGGAGGGCACCUUCCGCAAGCGCUGCAUCCGCUAUCAGGUGGACAAGUCGAAGGCCAAGGUCUGGCAGUUCUACGACAUGCCGUUCUUCACGAUCCCCGCCUCGAGUGGCUGACCCCAAAAUCUAGAUUUGUAGGCAAGGCAUCAAUUUGAGUUGACUGAUUAACAUGGCUCGAUGUUUACAAGUACUCGUUGCAUACUUAUUUUAAAUUUUCUUAUAUUUUAUUUUAAAAAACGAAUUCUAUUUUUUUUUUUAAUUUACCCAACUUUUCUUGAAAAGCUAUGUAGGGGGUAAAUAUGUUAUUUUCUUAAAUUGUAAGGUAUAGUGUCUCGGUGAUUUAUGGCAGAUAUAUGCAAUUAAAGCUAUACGCACAUAAUUUCGGAAAAAGUAUAAAAGUAAAAUGUAAUAUUUGUGUUUCCUGUCUGUUUGUUUUAAAAACAUUAUAAAAUUAAAUAAAUAUGUGUGUAUGUAUUUGGUUUUAUGUCCAAGUUAGUUAAUGUUUAAGUCUUCCUGUAAGGGGGGGAGUAGUGUUUCAAAGGUUUUUUAUCUUAAAUAAAUGCACUAUGUGUCUAAAUCUUAA